AAGUGAUAAGUGUUAGUCACAUACACUACGCGUAACAUAAUUGUACGUGAGAUUAAUUUUCUUAUCAUUCUAUCCCUUGAAAUCGUGUCAGGAUGGGAUCGCUUCUGUGGAUAACUGCUCUUUUAGUUACUGUACACGGGCAACAUUGCAAUGACAACCAUAAGAGGGACGAGCUUAUGCACAAGAUAGACGAGUAUUUUAAUCAUCACACAAACUUUGAUGUACUGAAGAUAGUUAUGGAGCAAUACAUUUAUCCAGAGAUGUACUUGAUUGACCUAGGAAGGCAUCCACAAGACAUUCAGGAGCAUGGGCAUCAUCAUCAUCAUCGUGAGUCUCUUCGAUAUCGGAACGUGCUUAACGUUAUUAGAAGGGGACAUGCUGACCAUGCGCAUGAAUUAAACCAUGAAAUAGAACAUCUUCGGAAAGAAAUGGAACACAUUGUACACGAAAUGCACCAUCUUAACGACGUAUGCGUUUUCGAAAUCCUCUAUAUGAUUGAAGAGAAACUUGGACUACCUCAUCUUGGGAAAACCACAGUGGCUCCUCACACACAACAUGUCACGACACAACCGCUACCAACAACACAACCACCACUAUCGACCACAACUACAACAGUGUCACCAACCACUACACUCCCUCCGCUGAAUAUCUCCAAUGUUUGUAAUGGUCUAGAAUUUGUGCAAGCAGCUGCAUUGGGAAUAAUCCAAGUUAACUCAAAAGCUGGUUAUUGUAGUGACAGAACUAACAGUCAGUCUGAGGCCCUAGUACUGAACACGUGUCAUUCAGGUGCUCCAGGUACUUGGACGAAAGGUUAUAAUGUAAUGCAAAACUGUCGGCGGAUUCCGAAGUUCACCCCAAUAGCUACCUUUGUGUUUGGGAUGUAUCCGAUGGAUGGGACUGCUAUGUCCGGUGUUUUCAUCAAAUGUACAACUAAAGGAUUUCAGAUGUCUGUUCAAAUUUGUGGGCACGGGCCCAAAAUAUUUGAUGUGGAGGCAGGCUCGACCCAUGGGAGUCGUGAGAAUGGUAACAACUAUUACACAAUAAACUGGUGAAUAACUGUA